GGGAGAUCAGAUCAGCUGCUGGUGUUACUGAGGGAGAUCAGAUCAGAUGCUGGUGUUACUGGGGGAGAUCAGAUGCUGGUGUUACUGGGGGAGAUCAGAUCAGCUGCUGGUGUUACUGGGGGAGAUCAGAUCAGAUGCAGGUGUUACUGGGGGAGAUCAUAGCAGAUGCACGUGUUACUGGGGGAGAUCAGAUCAGAUGCUGGUGUUACUGGGGGAGAACAGAUCAGAUGCUGGUGUUACUGGGGGAGAACAGAUCAGAUGCUGGUGUUACUGGGGGAAAUCAGAUCAGAUGCUGGUGUUACUGGGGGAGAUCAGAUCAGAUGCUGGUGUUACUGGGGGAGAUCAGAUCAGAUACUGGUGUUACUGGGGGAGAUCAGAAGUAGGUGUUACUGGGGGAGAUCAGAUCAGAUGCUGGUGUUACUGGGGGAGAUCAGAUGCUGGUGUUAUUGGGGGAGAUCAGAUCAGCUGCUGGUGUUACUGGGGGAGAACAGAUCAGAUGCUGGCGCUACUGGGGGAGAUCAGAUCAGAUGCAGGUGUUACUGGGGCAGAUCAGAUCAGAUGCUUGUGUUACUGGGGGAGAUCAGAUCAGAUGCUGGGGUUACUGGGGGAGAUCAGAUGCUGGUGUUACUGGGGGAGAACAGAUCAGAUGCAGGUAUUACUGGGAGAGAUCAGAUCAGAUGCUGGUGUUACUGGUGGACAACAGAUCAGAUGCUGGUGUUACUGGGGGAGAUCAGAUCAGAUGCUGCUGUUACUGGGGGAGAACAGAUCAGAUGCAGGUAUUACUGGGGGAGAAAAUAUCAGAUGCAGGUAUUACUGGGGGAGAACAGAUCAGAUGCUGGUGAUACUGGGGGAGAACAGAUCAGAUGCGGGUGUUACUGGCGGAGAACCGAUCAGAUUCAGGUGUUAUUGGGGAAGAACCGAUCAGAUUCUGGUGUUACUGGGGGAGAUCAAUUUGGUGUUACUGGGGGAGAUCAGAUCAGAUGCUGGUGUUAAUGGGGGAGAACAGAUCAGAUGCUGGUGCUACUGGGGGAGAUCAGAUCAGAUGCACGUGUUACUGGGGGAGAUCAGAUCAGAUGCUGGUGUUACUGGGGGAGAACAGAUCAGAUGCUGGUGUUACUGGGGGAGAACAGAUCAGAUGCUGGUGUUACUGGGGGAGAUCAGAUCAGAUGCUGGUGUUACUGGGGGAGAUCAGAUCAGAUGCUGGUGUUACUGGGGGAGAACAGAUCAGAUGCUGGUGUUAGUGGGGGAGAUCAGAUCAGAUGCUGGUGUUACUGGGGGAGAACAGAUCAGAUGCAGGUAUUACUGGGGGAGAACAGAUCAGAUGCUGGUGAUACUGGGGGAGAACAGAUCAGAUGCGGGUGUUACUGGCGGAGAACCGAUCAGAUUCAGGUGUUAUUGGGGGAGAACCGAUCAGAUUCUGGUGUUACUGGGGGAGAUCAAUUUGGUGUUACUGGGGGAGAUCAGAUCAGAUGCUGGUGUUAAUGGGGGAGAACAGAUCAGAUGCUGGUGCUACUGGGGGAGAUCAGAUCAGAUGCACGUGUUACUGGGGGAGAUCAGAUCAGAUGCUGGUGUUACUGGGGGAGAACAGAUCAGAUGCUGGUGUUACUGGGGGAGAACAGAUCAGAUGCUGGUGUUACUGGGGGAGAUCAGAUCAGAUGCUGGUGUUACUGGGGGAGAUCAGAUCAGAUGCUGGUGUUACUGGGGGAGAUCAGAUCAGAUGCAGGUGUUACUGGGGGAGAUCAUAGCAGAUGCACGUGUUACUGGGGGAGAUCAGAUCAGAUGCUGGUGUUACUGGGGGAGAACAGAUCAGAUGCUGGUGUUACUGGGGGAGAACAGAUCAGAUGCUGGUGUUACUGGGGGAGAUCAGAUCAGAUGCUGGUGUUACUGGGGGAGAUCAGAUCAGAUGCUGGUGUUACUGGGGGAGAACAGAUCAGAUGCUGGUGUUAGUGGGGGAGAUCAGAUCAGAUGCUGGUGUUACUGGGGGAGAACAGAUCAGAUGCAGGUGUUACUGGGGGAGAUCAGAUCAGAUGCUGGUGUUACUGGGGGAGAACAGAUCGGAUGCUGGUGUUACUGGGGGAGAUCAGAAGUAGGUGUUACUGGGGGAGAUCAGAUCAGAUGCUGGUGUUACUGGGGGAGAUCAGAUCAGAUGCAGGUGUUACUGGGGGAGAUCAUAGCAGAUGCACGUGUUACUGGGGGAGGUCAGAUCAGAUGCUGGUGUUACUGGGGGAGAACAGAUCAGAUGCUGGUGUUACUGGGGGAGAACAGAUCAGAUGCCGGUGUUACUGGGGGAGAUCAGAUCAGAUGCUGGUGUUACUGGGGGAGAACAGAUCGGAUGCUGGUGUUACUGGGGGAGAUCAGAAGUAGGUGUUACUGGGGGAGAUCAGAUCAGAUGCUGGUGUUACUGGGGGAGAUCAGAUCAGAUGCAGGUGUUACUGGGGGAGAUCAGAUCAGAUGCUGGUGUUACUGGGGGAGAUCAGAUCAGAUGCUGGUGUUACUGGAGGAGAACAGAUCAGAUGCUGGUGUUACUGGGGGAGAACAGAUCAGAUGCAGGUAUUUCUGGGAGAGAUCAGAUCAGAUGCUGGUGUUACUGGGGGAGAACAGAUCAGAUGCUGGUGUUACUGGGGGAGACCAGAUCAGAUGCUGCUGUUACUGUGGGAGAACCGAUCAGAUGCUGGUGUUAGUGGGGGAGAUCAGAUCAGAUUCUGGUGUUACUGGGGGAGAUCAAUUUGGUGUUACUGGGGGAGAUCAGAUCAGAUGCUGGUGUUAAUGGGGGAGAACAGAUCAGAUGCUGGUGCUACUGGGGGAGAUCAGA